AUGGAGGUGGAUAUGGCUGGAACAGCUGUCCCCGUGGACUGGCCCACUCUCCUAUGGCGACAGCAAGGGGAAGCGCAAGACGCUUCCAAUAUUGACCAUAAUCGCAACCCUGCCUGGACGAUGCCAACGGCAAGUCCCAUCCGGAAUUGCGGGACAAGCAUGCAGCCUGAUCUGUACCUACAGCUAUCGCACAUACUUGAAUGGGAAAUCUGGAACCAUAAUCAGACGCGCGGCUAUCUAACUACAGAACGGGAUAAAGUUAGCGAGCUAAAUGCGCAGGUUUGGAGACUAUCGCGUGAUAUAGAGCAGUGGCGAGAUGCAUGUCAGCAAGGGUAUGCUGCAAUAGAUCAGCACAGAGCUGAAAAUGUCGAAUUAAAGCGUGCAUUAGCAGAAGCAAGGUCCAUGCCAACCGAACGUCGUAGCGAGGACCCUCGGCUUAGUACUCCAGAGAUGGCAACACCGCCGCAAAGGCGCAGUCUGCGAAAGCUUGCGCCACUGCCUAGGAUCGAGACGGACGAAUCUUCGUGGCGGCUUGGCUUCAUUAAGGAUAUUGAGGAGCAUGGUAUUGCCAAAUCUGUAGAGUAGUUAUCUAAGAGAGGAGAUUCACGCGAUGCGACCUAGUUAUGUGCAACAUCACGUGAAACAUGUACAAAACAUCAGUUCAGAAGUUGAGAAAAGUUAGCACAUUUCUGAGAUAAGUUAGAUCAUUGCAUUAUGCGUCUGCAUACUAUACUUUCCGUGUUGCCCCUCUAGGUUUGUAGUCACUGUCAUCCUUGUGACCGUCACCUUCUGGUAGCUCUGU